AAAAAGAAAAACAAUCAUAAUAAUGACUGCUUUAAGCUGCAAAAAGGCAAUUGAGUGUAAUAAUGGCGUUAGGGAUGUUUCGAUACAUUUCUGAUUUGACUCUCAACUCCAAAGUAAACAAUCAUGAGUAAUCAUGUGGUCCAUAACAUUCGAUUCCAUAUCUCCAUUUCCCGCGCCAAAUCCCGGGAUGAUCUACCUCUUCGCUUUGAUCCCAAUCAAUCAAUCAACCAAUUGCACUGCAAAUCCCUGGGCAUCGUCGUGGUUAUCGAAAUGCGGAAGCAUCCGGAUCCAGACGCGUCGUUAUCUUGGGCGAAAGAGCCAUUCGCCGGUUGAUUCAUGAAAGGGGAAAAAGGAUAAACCUGCUGGCGGAUGGUGGGUGGAACUGUGUCAGUUUGGCGUGCCUUGCAAUAUAUCUAUCUAGGGUUUGCGGGGUCCCGUUGGAUGAUAAAGCACAUUUGAAAGCUGUUAAGGUUAAAUUAGUGCAAAGCCUUUUCGCACUUUAGACGCUAUUAUUAUUUGAAUUCGUGUAUGGUCAAUUGGUCUCUCUGAAUUAAAAAAUUAGGGUUAGGAGAAGGGGGAAAAGAUGAUGGUGGUGGGGUUAGGAAAAGGGGAAAAAUUAAAGAUGCGACAGCGAACAUUCUGAGGGCGGCGUUUAGCGAAAAUUUAAACAUGGUGUUGCUUUGGUGGCUGGCAAAGAGAGAGAUCUUGGAGGUGAAAUAAAGGAUUUGAUAUGAAGUUCAUGAAACUUGGAUCCAAGCCUGAUUUGUUUCAGACUGAGGGGGAUAAUGUAAGGUAUGUAGCUACAGAGUUGUCAACCGAUUUAGUCAUUAGCGUCGGAGAUGUCAAAUUUUAUAUCCACAAGUUUCCUCUUCUCUCCAAGAGUUCCCGGCUUCGGAGCCUCGCUGCUGCUAUUGCUUCAAGUUGUGAUAUUGACAGUGAAAUUAACAUUGACAAUAUUCCGGGCGGCCCUGCUGCAUUUGAGAUCUGCGCCAAGUUCUGUUAUGGUAUGGUGGUAACGCUAAACGCGUACAAUGUGGUAGCAGCACGAUGUGCAGCCGAGUACUUGGAAAUGCAUGAGAAUGUGGAGAAAGGCAAUCUCGUGUUUAAAAUCGACGUCUUUCUUGCAUCUGGCAUUUUCCGGAGCUGGAAAGAUUCGAUAAUCUUACUCUCGAAAACUAAACCUUUCCUAUCGUAUUUGGAGGGAUCCAAAGUUGUUACCCACUGCGUCGAGUCAAUUGCUAUGCGAGCUUGUACAGACCUGUCGAGAGUCGACUGGUCGUACACUUAUAAUCGUUUGAGAAAACAGCAGACGGCGCCCGAAGACUGGUGGGCGGAAGAUCUUUGCGAUCUCUCGAUUGAUUUGUACAAGAGAGUUAUUACAUCGAUUAAAGGGAAAGGGAUAUUGUCCGGGAGCAUUAUUGGGGCUGCUUUAAGGGCGUAUACUGUGAAACGACUUCCGGGUUUCGGACAAGGUGUCAUCCCAGGAUCGGGCGAUCUUCUGAAGUACCGUUACGUGGUGGAUUCGAUUAUCUCGUUGCUUCCGAGAGAGGCAGGUUCUGUAAAGUGUGGCUUUUUGCUGAAUCUUUUGUCCGCGUCGAUAAUUUUGGAAUGUGGAGAGACGGGACGGAGGGAUCUAAUGCGUCGAAUCUCGGGGCAGCUCGAGGAAGCAGCCGUUGCAGAUCUUCUUAUUAGCGGCGAAACUACGAUGUACAAUGUUGACGUAGUGUGCGACUUAGUCGAGCAGUUUGCGAGCGCGCGGCGGGAAGAUUGUCGGAGUGAGUUUGGGUUCGAUUUAAAUGAUUCGACGGCAAAAGUUGCUAGGCUCGUCGAUGGCUAUCUAGCCGUAGUUGCUCGAGAUCCGUCGUUGCCUUUAUCCAAAUUCAUCGCUCUGGCUGAAAUGGUUUACGAUUAUCCGAGAUCGAGCCACGAUCGUAUCUACCGGGCCAUCGACGCAUACCUCAAGGAACACCUGGAGAUGACGAAGAGCGAGAAGAAAAGAAUUUGCCGGUUGAUGGAUUGUCGGAGGCUAUCGUCGGAGGCGAGUGCGCAUGCCGUGGAAAACGAGAGGCUCCCGUCGCGUGUAGCGGUGCAGAUUCUUUUCUGCGAGCAAACCCGGGGUUCUGCAGCAAUGGCCCCCCGGGGGUCGAGCAGGAGCUUGCAGUGUGCAACUACGGCGAACUCUGACGAUGAUUGGGAGAGUUGCCGGGCGUUUGGGGAACUCGGAGAUUUGAAGGAUCAGCUGAGGAGGAUAAAGAAUGGGAGCGUGAAUAGUCGAAAUGGCCGCGAGGGCAAAUCCGGAACUCCGAGAAAAGUGAAGAUGAUUUUGUCGAGGCUGUGGUCGAACCGGAGCAGCUUGGAUAUGUCCGAGAGCUCGAGUUCUACGAUUGAGCCGAGUGCCGGGGUGAAGUGAUUCGUUAUUUGACGAAUGAUUUGGUUCGGUUCAGUUCGGCUCGGCUCGGUUGGGUUAGCUUUGUAAGAAGCUUGUAUAUAGUUGAAGUGUAAGAUCUUUUAAAGUUUUCUUUUUAGAAAAAAAAAAAGAUUUUAGUUUUGGGUAAGGUUGUUGGAGAGAAAUCAGUAUGGGAUGUGAAUAAACUGUUCUUUUAGUAGUAUAUCAUUCUAUCGUUUAUAAUUUUAAGUGGAUUUUAU